AUAACUUUAAACUGUGCCACGUCUUAAAAGCAUUAAAAAGUUUGGAAUCACUGUUUUAAAUAGUAUAAAACCUCGCAGAUUUUCAAAAAAAUUGAGUUCAGAUUUUUUUUUAUGACGAAUGGAGUUGUUGAUGAUUCCCUAAUAACUGAUCCUAUUAUUAUGACCUUAUUAUUAAUAAUAAGAAUAAAAUCAAUAUCCAGAAUGCUGUAUGUUUGAAAGGUGGUGACCAAAUCUUAAUCAAACCGCUGUUCAUAGUAAUUUCUUGCCAAGAAACCACUAUGAAUAAAUAAUUGCAGUUCAUUAUGUAAUAAUAUUCAGCAUUAUUUGAUAACAUUUGCUGUUGUUUAAUAUGUCAUUAAUAUUUUGUUCUUCCCACAAUAUUUUUACAGUUUACAUUUUGGUGUCUAAUUCAUAAUAUUUCAAUAUACACUGUAUAAAUGACUACCGAAUAACAAUAACUAACAUGACAAGUGAUCCCAAACUUUUGAAUGGCAGUGUAAUUGACACAGAAGAGGAGGAAACAACCCUGAACUGUCUCAGUUGCAGUUGUAUACAAAAGUUUGGGUGCCCCCCAACAAAUAUCAAUAUUAUAUAUUAUGAUAUAUACCACCUUUAUUACAGAUAUAUAAAAAAAAAGUCAAUCAGAGUUGUUUGACAUUUCACGGAAGUGCUGAUAGGAACCAGACGUCUGGAGUAUUUAAUGCCUCUAAACACUCCCUCACAGAAAGUUAUUGCAUGAAAUGGCUACGAAUUCACUGCCGGAUGUCUGAGACAGUGUUUUAUGACAGGUUUGAGAUAAGGUUUUGGCAUAAAACCUAAAAAAUAUAAUUAAUGGUGGAGAGAUAUAUGCAGGGUGUUGUGAGCCAAAAUAGUACCCAAAUAAGACCUUCUUACUUCAUAUUUAUCACAAAUUUAACCAUCACCAACAUUACAUGUAAAGCUCAGAAGACAUCUGUAGAUUAACCAGUCAUUUCUGAUAGUAAAUAAAAUGGUUCUUAUCAACAUCACUGUGAAGAAAAUGUGAGCGUGUCAGUUUUUGUAUGACAACAAAACACUGUGAAUGGCUUUGUUUACAUCUCAGUGAUUAAAUUAUGCACAAAUUUUGAAAAAUCAGUGUAAUUCCUCUUUAACAGCCUUGAUUUCAGAGAAGGUGGGUGAGCAGGUGUCUACAAACUUCGAACUCCAGCAACUCAUCAUAUCUGCUAGCCUUUUUAAAGUGGCAGGUGAAAAAAUGUGAUAAAAUGAGGAAUGCACGGAACCCCUAAGAUGACAUGGUGGUUGUUUUCAAUGAGGCCUGGCCACAAUAUACUUUAUAGAGGCCACAAAUACUAUAUUGAGUCCAAAAAUUUAUAUGUUGAGGCUACAAAUAACAUACUGAGUCCACAAGUUACUAUAUUGAGGUCACACAUUACUAAAUUGAGACCACAAGUUACUAUAUUGAGGCCACGAAUUACUAUAUUGAGGGUACAAAUUGACAUAUUCAGUCCACUAGUUACUAUAUUGAGGGUAUGAAUUAAUAUAUUCAGUCCACAGGUUACUAUAUUGAGGCCCCUAAUUACUAAAUUGAGGCCACAAAUUACUCUAUUGCGGCCACAAAUUAGUAUAUUGAGGCAACAAAUUUAAAUACUGAGGGCACAAAUUCAUAUUUUCAUAUUUUUUUAUUAAAAAAUAAACACUUGUCACCUCAGUAGGAGUGAGUUUGAAGCAUUGCUAUUAUGUGGUCUCCUUGGCCUUCGGUUGAGGCCUUAGGCCAGAAAGGCCAGACGGUGAAACCAGGUUUUUUGUAAGGUGAAAGUUGCUUUGCCCACCCAAAAGCAGGCUUGGGGGACUUCCGAGCAGGUGAGCACUCGAUUCAUUCAACUUUCAUUCAAACUUUCUGAACUCUGGCUCCAUUUUGUUUGAAAAAAAAAAUGAAAAUCUCGUCAGAGAUGAGCCACCAUUUAUGAAUCUGGGGCCUGAAAAAAACAAAAGUCACUUUGCGUAGUACAUGACCGCUAGACCGGAACAGUCCAUUGCGCAGGGAGACCACAAGCACGACCUGCCCUAACCCGGCUCGAAAAUGUAAACCCGAAAACUAAAUAAAUAUGAUGCGGCGUUUGUUUCAGUGUUUAAAACGACUUACUCUCCUGUUUUGGGCGUUUACUGACAAGAAACAGACACCGGACGCGACCAAAAGGAGGGACGAGCUAAGCCGCCGUCCCCCAUUCGGCCUCGAAAUGGUUGCGGCCGAUGGUGGAAUUCCGAGAACUGAGAGCUAAGUGUUCGCAGAAGUCUGUUUCCUAGAACCGAGUCCGGACGGCACUUCCAGGAAAAUUAACACAUACCAGAGGCAGUUAGCAUGAGUAGCGCAGCAGACGGCUGCAUCCAGUUCACUCGCCAUGCAGGUGACGUGCUCUUCAACUUCAACCGCCUGCGGAGCAGGAACAUCCUCGUCGACGUCACGAUUCGGGUCGGAGGGCAGGAGUUUCACGCACACAAAACGGUGCUCAUGGCCUGCAGUGGCUUCUUUUACUCAAUGUUCGUCAACACCACUAAAAGCGACCCUACAGUCGUGAGCUUGGACGCAAAAGUGGACCCCAAUGGCUUUGCUAUACUCCUAGAAUUCAUGUACACUUCCUGCCUAAACCUCAAAGAGCGCUUCAUCCUGGCCACCCUCAACACAGCCAUUUAUCUGCAGAUGGAGCACAUGGUGGAAACCUGCCAGAGGUUCAUGGAGUCCAGGGGCUUGUCUGUGAAGCAGCCCAGAGAGGAAGUACCAGCCAGCCCCACAUGCUUACCUCAGGAUACAGUCUUCAACUAUAACGACGUACCGAGGAGCAUCUCGUCUAGACCUAAGGGGAUGACCCUCGGGCCUCCAGUCGUUCACUACGCGGUCAGCACGUCUACCGGCAGCCCCACGCGCUUCUACAGCCACCUCCCUCUCUCAGGGGGCUCCACCUCUAGCGUCAGACCUCUUUUCUGGCAAGUUCCAAGCAGCAGCGUCAUAACCCAGGGGCCGCGUUCCCCUCCUGGAGGAGAACCCUCCAUUAAAGUGAACAGCUCCAGCAUCUCCCCAGUCUACCACCCUGUCCGCUCAUCUGUGGUCCACCAGCUGGGCCAGGAUCAGAGAGACAGAACGGGCUCCACAGGUAUGAAGAUGGAGCUGGAAGAGGUGGAGAACUUUGGCCAUUCUCAGAUUAACGGACCCCGCAGCCCUCUGAGGUCAGACUGCCAGCCCAAUUCUCCAGCUGAGUCCAGCGGCUGCAGCAGAGAGGCGGCUUCUUCUCAGAGAGCAUCAGCCAGCGAGGCGAAGGUCCACAACUGGAAGAAGUACAAGUUCAUCGUUCUGAACUCAGCCGACGGCUCAGAGAACCCCACUCAACCUGCCGUAGAGCCCACCGCCAAGAGUACUGAUCAGACGGCCACAAGCCACUUGAAUGUUAACAGCAGAUCUGUGGAAGAAUUGAGUCAAAGAGCAUGUGAUCCCACAUCUUUGUCAACCUCCACCCACAUUCUGAGAGAGGAGAGCAACAUGAGCAGCUCAGAAAUAGCCCACGAGAGCAGCAGUUUGGUCUGCAGCGAAUGUGACUCCAGGGUUGAGAUGAACUCAGAGAACCAUCAGCGCCUUCAGGACGGCAAACCGUACAGGUGUGACCGCUGCCAAGCCACGUUCUCCUAUAAAGGAAACCUCAGUAGCCACAAAUCUGCCCAUCCAGUGGAGAAGCCGUACCGCUGCAAUGUGUGCGGCGCUCAGUUCAACAGACCAGCGAACCUCAAGACCCACCUGCGCAUCCACUCGGGAGAAAAGCCGUACAAGUGCGAGACCUGCGGGUCCUGCUUCGUCCAGGUGGCUCACCUGAGGGCCCACGUGCUGAUUCACACCGGAGAGAAGCCGUACUCCUGCGACGUCUGUGGCACCCGCUUCCGCCACCUACAGACGCUGAAGAGCCACCUGCGCAUACACACGGGCGAGAAGCCCUACCACUGUGAAAAAUGUGACCUGCGCUUCCGCCACAAGAGCCAGCUGAGACUGCACCUGCGGCAGAAACACGGUGCAGUGACCAACAGCAAAGUUCAGCGCUCACCAGCCAUAACCUGCUGAAACGAAGGAGACAAAAACAACACAAACACAGUGACUGAACCAAAAUGCACACUAUAACGCAGAGGUACAUGUACAAAGUGCUGGGCUGACCCACGACUGACCUGCACCAGGUACUUCCAGUGGACGCGUGGAAGUCGGGCACUAAAUGGGACACUUUAAACGGGACAGAUUGUUACAGAUUUGAUUGGUUUCCUGUACAUUUUGUAAUGUAGUUGCUCUAACUAGCCCCCGAACUUCAAGCACAACUGAAACUGUCUGUAUUGUAGGGAAAGGUAAUGUUUAUAUAUUGCAGAUGAUUAUUUUUGUGAAUGUGAAAUCAGAUAUUGUUUAUUUUUGCAACUGCUGAAAGGUACGUUGGGGGUGCUCUCUUAAAACAAUAUACCUUAAGUUCUAUUUAUAGGUCCUUCAGUAACACUGUACAGUAUUUUGAUACAAAAGAGGGCCGAUUUCUUGUAAUAAAAUAUUUUAUAUCAGAA